AUGUUUACCAGGACUUUACUUUUCACCGCGUUGGUGGGGUUGGGCGGCGGAGGCGUAGCUUGGGGACAUGAGCAUUCCGGAAGUUUGCAAGAACACUUGGGUGCCCAAGGGCCGCAUAGAGAGAGACUGUGGUAUAAUGUCUUGCCGGGGGACGGGGGGACGCAGGCAGACAGCGUCUUUAGUGGGAUCUCAACGUUCGGGAGGUUACCGUACUUUCCGUGUCUAUCUUCCGAUAAGGAGAAAUUUGAUAUCGCCUUCUUGGGCGCCCCUUUUGACACCGGAACCUCCUACCGCCCCGGCGCACGUUUCGGCCCAUCCGGAAUCCGUCAAGGUUCCCGCCGCCUGAAUCUCUACGGCGGCUAUAACACUCUUCUUUCCGUGAACCCCUUCAACUCCUGGGCGCGAGUGCUGGACUGCGGUGAUAUCCCCGUAACGUCCUACGAUAACGCGUACGCCAUCAAGCAAAUUGAGCAGGGACACUACAGUCUCUUGUCCAGGACGCCAGCCUACGAAGCGGACGAGGGGCGAAAGGGCCCGGCGAAGGGUGGGAAGGUGUUGCCUAGGAUUAUCACGCUUGGGGGUGAUCACACGAUCGUGCUGCCGAUUCUUAGGAGUGUGAAGAGGGCUUAUGGACCGGUUUCUGUUAUCCAUUUUGACAGCCAUCUGGAUACUUGGGUGCCAAAAGUAUUCGGCGGUGCACCGACUGAGCAGGCUUCUGUUAACCACGGGACUUACUUUUGGCACGCAUACAAAGAAGGUCUCCUAAAAAAUAAUACCAACAUCCACGCCGGAAUAAGAACUACACUGUCCGGCCCUAGCGAUUACGAAAAUGACGCCGUCGUCGGCUUCAACCUCAUAGAGGCGCACGAAAUCGACGAAAUUGGCGUCGGUGGAAUAGUUAAGAAGAUCCGGGAGAGGGUUGGUGAAGGACUAGUCUACCUCUCAAUUGAUAUUGACUCGUUGGAUCCGGCAUUCGCGCCUGCGACCGGAACGCCCGAGACUGGGGGGUGGAGUACGCGCGAGUUGAGGGCUAUCAUUCGCGGCUUGGAUGGGCUGCAGUUGGUUGGCGCGGAUAUUGUGGAGGUUGCGCCAGCUUAUGAUACUAAUGCUGAGCUGACGACUAUGGCUGCUGCGGAUGUGCUGUUCGAAGUCAUGAGUGUCAUGGUCAAGACGCCUUUGAAGAGCGUUUGAUAGAUUUUGUCGAUGCCAGAGAGAUAGGUGGGUGUCUAUGAUCGAAAGAUAAAUAACAAUGACAUCACGAGAACUCACUCGUGUCAUAACCCUCGUUAUAAUCA